UCCCACUCUCUCCACUCUUACCCUCCCUUCCCUUUUGAUUUGCCACCAAUUCUUUCUUUCUUGUCUUCAUCCAUUCAGCUCCAUCGACAAUCCCUUUCUCUUUCUCGAUUACACAAGUGUCGCUUCUGGUCGCCUUCCCUCGUUCCAGAAGAGGUUUAUUUAUUCCGUUCUCGGACAAGUUCUCAGGAGUAUUCAGCACUGUUCAGUUGUCUCCAACUGCUUUAAAACGGACGAAUAUCCUUUGAUCAAGCCGUAUGUCGGCAGCAGCAACCUCCUCGCUGGGGCCGCAGGGUCACCUGGGACUUCUCACAGGCAGUGCCAGGCCCAGGGCACGGAGCGUCAACACGGAUCAUACUCAGUUCCAGUUCCAGCACCAGCACCAGCAACAGCAACAGCACCAGCACCAGAGCCAUAACCAAAACCAGCGUCAGUCCACCAGUAAUGAAGCCGAGGUUGUCUCUCCAUCAUCAGCUGCACUCGAUCAGAUCAAGUCCAGCCUAACAAUGACGACGCAUCAUACUGGGUCUCAUUCUGCUCACCAGCACUACGUUCUGUCUUCACAACCAGCUCAGCCUCUGCAGCCUUCCUCAAUAUCUUCAAGUCCAAUAAGGCCCUCCUUUGCCUCGGCCUCGGCCGAUUCCCAUCCAUACUCUCUCCAGCAGGAUUCUAUCCUCAAUAUGUCAAGCAACAGCGCCAGCAGCACCCCGCCCGCCACAAAAACCAGCUUUGGUCUGAGUAUUCCCAACAACAGCGGCAGCAAUUUGAACCAUUAUUCCGGCAGCAGCAGCAGCAUCUAUAACAAUACCGUAAUUAGCCACGCAGGAAGCAGCCCCAAUCCGGUCCUCGCUAACAGCACCAGCAGCCUCAGCACCUUGACCGGCAAUAGUCCACUGCAACAUCGGCCUCACACACCAUUAAAGUCCUCCUUCCCGCUAUCAAUUACUUCGGAACAUCCCUCGGAUACUAUGACCAUCCCCCCUUUAUCUUCCUCCUCCUCUCCGAGCGCUUAUCAUGCAGGAAUAUCAGGAGGAGCAGGAGCAGCAGGAGCAGCCGGAGGAAGAGGAGGAGGAGGAGGAGGAGGAGGAGAAGGAGGAGGAGGAGGCGCUGAUAUAGUACCGCCAUCCUCUGCAUCAUCGUCGUUGCCAGGAGGCUCUUUCGAGAACACGUCAAUCGUUCCUGGACCAUUUCACUUCAAGUCUUUAUCGACCGGACGCAUGCAUAACAUGGGCAAUGAAAAAAACCUUGGGUCCUUACCAACAAUACAGCAUCAAAAUGGUCGAAGACGACGUAAGUUUCUGGUCUUCGACGGUUUCUCACACCAGGUCAUGAUCUGAAGCAUGAGUAGGCGCGGGCUUUUUUCUUCUUGCAAUGGACGCUGCAUUACCUGACGAAGUGUGGCACCAGGAGAGGAAAUGCAACGGCGCGAUGACUUUCAGGAUAGGUCAAAGGAAAAGGCAAUAGCAGUAUCGACGAGGUCAGCACACCACGCCAAGUGGCGCAAUCUUUGGUCUGUCGGGAAU